ACGCUGAAGUCAAAACACAUUUAAAACCUUUUUUUAUAUUGUUGUCAAUUACUUUCUUUGAUUCUCAUUUACAUUGAAAAUAUGAACUACAUCUUUUAAUUUUCAUUUGGUGUUUUCCCCGUCUUGUCCCCCAAAAAGUUUGAACUGUCCAUGGUGCUGAUAGCGUGGACCAUAAAUAACAUUUCAAUGCAUUUUACACCGACAGCUUGAUUUAUUUGAUAUUGUUAAUUGUUGCUUUUGUGCAGUUAUUUCGCUUUGCGUGUUGGACAUUGGAGUGUUUUUUUUCUUUUAAAGUCUAUUGCACUUCAAAUAUAUUCAAUAUAUGAUUUUCUGUCCCAUCCUACCCAUGUAUAUCCACAAGGUGUCAUUAGCAAUCUUCGCUAAAAUGUUCUUUUUUUUUAUUCUCUGCGACACUCCUCCCCGUUUGGGGGCAGGGCAUUUGGGCUUGAGCAGUGCUUUGUUCGUGAGAAGCCACAACAGAGAAUUUCUGACUCCCAGUCCAGACCGUGGUUAAUUUUGCUACACCGGUGUACGGUUGUUUUUCGUUUUCCUUUGGAUGUGACGCUGACGGAUCAUGGCGAAUUCACUAAGGAAACGAAAUAUAUUGUGGAUAUAUGUGACUGUAUUUUAUUUCCUUCCGAUGAUAUCUUACGGUCAGACUGUGUAUUCUGUGUUGGAGGAGGCCAGUCCGGGCACUACAGUUGGCAAUAUAGUAAAAGAUUUAAACCUUAAUUUGCAAGAACUGGAAAACCGUGGAUUUCAGAUUGCUUCUGGGCCCAACAAGAGGUAUUUUGAUGUAAAUUUGAAAACGGGAAUACUUCAUAUGCAAGACAAAGUAGACAGAGAGGAGCUAUGUGGACAUAGCUUAAAAUGUACUUUAGAAUUGGAAGCCAUUGUUAAUAUGCCAUUAAACAUGCAUCGGUUUGAAGUAAAUGUAUUGGAUAUAAACGAUAAUUCUCCCACAUUUCACUCUUCAUCUUUACAAAUAAAUGUAUCUGAAGCGGCAUUUAUAGGGGAAAGGUAUGCAUUACCAAAUGCGUUUGACGCAGAUGUGGGCAGUAAUUCGGUAAAGAGCUACAAACUGAGUCCAAAUGAACAUUUUUCUCUCGAUGUUCAGAGCGGAGGAGAACAGAGUGUGUCUGCUGAAUUAGUACUGCAGAAAGCUUUAGACCGAGAGAAACAGCCUGUUCUCCAGCUCACACUGACCGCUGUAGACGGAGGAAAAUCUCCAAGAUCAGGAACAAUAAAUAUAAUUGUUAAUAUCAUAGAUGUGAACGAUAAUAUUCCUGUUUUCACAAAGUCACUUUACAAAGCGCGAAUUCCAGAAAAUGCUUCUAUUGGAACUUCCGUUAUCACUGUAAACGCGAGAGAUGCAGACGCUGGUCUAAAUGGAGAAAUUGUCUAUUCUUUUAUUAAACAUGUUAAUGAUAAAAAUAUAGAGUCAUUUGCAAUCAAUCAAAUAUCUGGUGAAAUAACAGUAAAUGGUAAAUUAGACCACGAGUCAAACAAUGGUAUAGAAAUUCGGGUUCAAGCGAGAGACAAAGGCUCGACACCAAGAGUAGCUCAUUGUAAAGUAUUGGUCGAAAUAUUGGACGUUAACGACAAUAUUCCUGAAAUAUCUGUAACUUCUCUUGUUAAUGUUGUGAGGGAGGAUUCACCGAAGGGGACAGUGGUCGGUCUAAUUACAGAAAAAGAUGACGAUUCUGGCGAAAAUGGAUCUGUAAAAUUGAAAAUAAUGGACCCCCUUCCGUUUCUAUUACAAAACACUUAUAAGAAUAAAUAUUCUCUGAUUGUUGACGGUCCUUUAGACAGAGAGCUCGCGUCUGAGUAUAACUUGACUAUCACAGCUACUGAUGAAGGGACUCCGCCUCUCUCUAGCACUAGUGUCAUUACUGUACACGUUUCUGAUGUGAAUGACAAUGCCCCGAGCUUUCCAGAGCCCGUCAUUAAUGUUUAUGUGAAAGAGAACAGUCAGAUUGGAGCUGUUAUUCAGACAGUAUCUGCUUUUGAUCCUGAUGUAGGUGAUAAUGCUCGGAUAACAUAUUCUUUACUAGAAAGCUCAAAAAGCGGACCAGUAACAUCCAUGAUCAACAUAAACUCUGAGAGUGGAGAUAUACACAGUUUACAGUCGUUUAACUAUGAAGAGAUAAAAACGUUUGAGUUUAAAGUCCAGGCCACAGACUCUGGUGUUCCUCCGCUCAGCAGUAAUGUGACUGUCAAAGUUUUUAUCCUGGAUGAGAAUGACAACAGUCCCGGGAUUCUCGCGCCCUAUUCCGAGCUCGUUUCCGUUAACACGGAGAACAUUCCCUAUUCUGCUGAUGCGGGCUACUUUGUGGCCAAGAUCAGAGCUGUAGAUGCAGAUUCUGGUUACAAUGCACUGCUGUCUUACCACAUCUCUGAACCCAAAGGAAACAAUCUGUUUCGAGUCGGAACCAGCAGCGGGGAGAUCAGGACUAAGAGGAGAAUGAGUGACAAUGACCUGAAAACUCACCCGCUGGUCAUUUUGGUUUUUGAUAACGGAGGGCCCUCACUGUCAGCGACUGUGUCUAUUGAUGUUGUGGUUGUUGAAAGCGCAGGUGACGUCAAGACUCCGUUCAGACACGCGCCGAUAAAGGAGGAGAGUUUCUCGGAUUUAAAUCUGUAUUUGCUGAUCGCCAUUGUGUGCGUGUCCGUCAUCUUUUUCUUGAGUCUCAUCAGUUUGAUAGCUGUAAAAUGCCACAGGACAGACAGCAGUUUGGCCAGGUACAGUGCCCCGGUGAUCACCACUCAUCCUGAUGGGAGCUGGUCUUACUCCAAAUCUGCUCAGCAGUAUGACGUGUGUUUUAGCUCUGACACACUGAAGAGUGACGUAGUGGUUUUCCCUGCGCCAUUUCCGCCUGCAGAUGCAGAACUGAUCAGUAUUAAUGGAGGAGACACUUUUACAAGAACACAAACACUUCCUAAUAAAGAAAAGGUAAGAUUUUUUUAUUAA